UCACCAGCACACCAGCACCAAUCGACAACCAACCAUGUUCGCUACUUUGAGGUCCUCGGUUGGGAGGCGAAGUGCCAUGCGCGCGUUCUCGACGGCGGCGAAGAACCCUUCGGUGUUUUUCGAUAUCAACAUCGGGGGAGCCGCGGCCGGGAGAGUGGUCAUGGAGCUACGGGCGGACGUCGUGCCCAAGACGGCGGAGAACUUCAGACAGCUUUGCACGGGGGAGAAAGGUUUCGGUUACAAGGGCUCCUCCUUCCACAGGAUCAUCCCGCAGUUCAUGUGCCAGGGAGGGGAUUUCACCAAUGGGAAUGGCACGGGGGGGAAGUCCAUCUACGGAAGCAAGUUCGAUGAUGAGAACUUCGAGCUCAAGCACACGGGACCAGGUGUCCUCUCGAUGGCCAACGCCGGUCCGGGAACAAACGGGAGCCAGUUUUUCAUUUGCACCGUGAAGACGGACUUCUUGGAUGGGAAGCACGUUGUGUUCGGCGGCGUUACGGAGGGAAUGGACGUCAUCCAGAAAAUGGAGGCUGUAGGUAGCUCCCCGCUAGGUACGACGUCGAAGGAUGUCAAGAUCGAAGACUGCGGGGAGCUCGAGUAGAUUGACGGGCGGGCAGCUCGAACAAUCGCUUGGAGUGGAGAAGGACCCAUGCGUCUGAUGCUUAUUAACUCUCGGGCCAUGUGAGACACUAAG